AUGUUGUCGACUGCUCAAGAUGGAGCAUUUGACUCUGAGACACCUCCCACCAUUCUCAAGUGCCGCCGAAAGAAACACACCAAAUUAAUCAAAAUUGACAAUUCUCCCACUUCCUGUACUAAUGCCAUAAUUUCUAAGCUCAAAUAUGUGAAGCCAGAUCCUAGUGCACCUAAGAUCACCAGGCCCUGCACAGAGUGUGGCAAGAGGUUCUGGUCAUGGAAGGCACUUUCUGGUCACAUGAGCUGCCACCCCAAGGGCCAAUGGCGUGGCAUUAACCUUCCGCACGAACUUAGGAAGCCUGAAAGGGAUACCACAGUCACUGAGAGUGAAGCAGAGGAAGCUUCCGUAAUGAUGGAGGAGGAUUACGAGGUGCGAAGUUCUUGUUGUUGUUGGCCUAUUGCAACCUCUGACUCGCCAUCCGUUACUACUGCUUGCAUUGUUAGCCAUGGACUACAGGCUUUAGGGGGUCACAGAGCAAGUUACAAAAAUAUCAAGGGUUGCUAUGCCAUUACGAAGAAUAAGGGAGAAGUAGAAGAAAAAUGCAUCAAUGAAUUAGUAGAUAUUGGUAGUGAAUGGGAGGUAAAGGAGCAUAGUGGUAGGGAUGAUAAAAUAAUGGUGAUGGAUAUAGGAGGAAGAGGCCACAAAUGCAGCCUUUGUUUUAAGAUUCCUGAUGCUCAUGAUAUUUCAGAAUCUACUGAUCAUUUUCUUGACCUUAAUUCAGAUAUUCAUGAUCCUUAUGAUCAUUCCUCACCCCAUUCAAACCUACAGAACUCUUUGCAAUCUGUUGAGGAUUGCAUCCCACCUCAAACAACACCUCAUGAUUCCUAG